GCCGGGUCGCGCCGUUCAGACCUAUUGCUUAUGCCGGCGUUUUCGUGAAAAAAAAAACCACUUCCUUGUUCAUACACUCAUAUAAGCUAACAGCCCACCAUGACGCGCAAUCAACGCCACUAACAUGACGACGUCGCACUGACGAGGUCGACUCACCAUCAAUGCUAAACUACAGGCUGGUGUCCACGCACUUCCUGAAGCAGCCAUAAGACAUCGACAUACUAUAAUAGACUGUACAAUGUGUCGCGACAGAGAUAUGCGUAGCUUGGACAUUAUCAAGUAGAUCAAGACGGCGUGUGAUAAGUUGUUACGUUUUCUUUGGUUCGUUCUGUUUUACAUCAAGGGCUGACACCCUGGCCCGAAGCGCCCAUCUGUCGAGGAUCAUCGAAGCCCUCGUUGACGCCGUACGAUACUGCAUUACAACCAUCACGAACGAGAUAUAAAAUUUCCUGUAGACUUAUAAUCCGAAGCGAAAAUGGUUUAUUUGAACAUUGAUCAGGGUUACGGCCAUUCAGACUGCUCGAGCGAACGUCACGUUAUAACCGGCUGGCGUGCGCAGUGCUGCGAGCGAAGAGAGAAGGAGAGGGAAAAUAUGGCGGCACCCGAGUGCGAGCGAGAGGCACGCAAGCGCCGCGAGCGCCGCGACUCCGGUUGCGCCCACGAGCGGAAAGAGAGACGACCGCACAGCGAGGAGAGAAUACCGCCCCCGCCGCCGCCACCCCCGCUACACGACUUCAAUAGACUUGAGUCUGAGCGUCGCGCCGAGCGUCUGUCUCGAGCCCGGCGCCCACAGCUGGGCAAACGGCGCCGCCCAACAUCACGUACUUCCCGCCCGCCCAAGGAGAACGACUGCAACGACGAAGCAGUCACACCGCCGCACUUCGAUUACGUCCACCAGCUGAAACCUGAAGUUGGUGAUGAGGUGGAACUGCCGAGUGUCCGUCACGAGGAGGCGGAACACAAGCGCCGGGAUGAGCGCAGUCAGCCGCCGCGCCGAGCACAGCCCAGCCCCGAGAGACGACUCGAGAAACUCAAUAAGAAGAUAAGCGUACUAAAGAAGAACAUUGCCAAAUAUGAGAACGAAUUCGAGGCACAGAACGGCUACAGUAUAACUCCGGACGAGAGACUUACGAACGGUCAGUUGACUCGCAUGUAUGAAACGCUACGGAAACUACAGGCAGAGAAGAAGUGUAUGAAGACUGAUCCAGUGGAAUAUGCCCUGAAGAUCCAGGCGGCGAAACAGCAGAAGGAAAGAGAUGAUAAGCUCGAUGCAGCUCUCAAAAGCGACAAGCCAAUGGCGGAUAUCGUACUGGAUAUUGAAGAGUGGGUGGAAGCGAGUCGCGCCGCAGCGGGUCGCGGCUCGGAGCGGGGCGCUGCGGCCCUAGCGGCGGAGAAGUGGUGCGUGCAGCGAGCCCUCCUGCGGCUGGAGGCAGCUCGGGGCCGCCCGCCAGCACACUCCGCGGAGCGAGGGGCCGCAAGACACUUGUACGAGCGGUACCGCUCGGUGAAGCGAGCUCUCGCCGGCCUGAGGCCUGACGCGGUAAUUAUCGUCAACGCGGAGUUGGCGACGAUCCACGAGCACGAGGCCAUGCUGUUCAACACCAGCGUCGACAGCUCCAGCGACUCCCAGGACAAGCCCUCCGACUCCUCACAGGAGACAGUGGAGACCUCUGGAUCGUCUCCCCCCGGGGCAGAGGAGUCCCCGGCCUCGUCCGCGCCGUCCGCCGACGACGCCCACAACGAGGGCCUGCACUGCCUCCCGCUCGAGGAGCUCACGCGCGCCCUCUCCGAGGCCAAGAUGCUCAAAUGUAUCUUACGUCGCAAUAUCAAGGAGUACGAAGUAAACUUCGAAAUCCAGAACAGUCGGAAAGUACAACGAGACGACAAGAAGGGCUACGAAGAGGAGUACCACAGAUACAAGUCGAUCAAAGCUCGGAUUAAAUUGAUUAACGCGCUUAUCAACAAACAGAAGAAGAAGGAUUGAAUUUGCUAUGAGUUUAGGGGCAAGAGGUUGCUUUAUAUUUCUUUCCGGAUCAACUUGCCCCAACUGGUGUUCAAAGUAGGCGCAGUCUUAAGGGACUUUUUAAAAUACGAAAGAUGAUGAGUUCAAAAGAGAUUAGAAUUAUCUAAUAUGACAUAAUUAGUUAUAUUUCUCGUAAAUGUACAUAGAACGUGAAUGAGAAUGUACACAUAUUAAUAUAUUUGAGACAUACACAAUAACUAUAAGUGCAAAAAUAGCUUACGCUUUUUGAAACGUAUUUUCUAAGAAAUGUAAAUAUACGUUAAAUAUACGUAUAUUGUCAAAUCGUUCUACAUAUUCAAGAAAAGUAAAACAGCAGCGAGACGAUCUAUUUAUACCUAUAAAUAUUAAAUAUGCCCAAGGUUUUCUUGAAAAUGUAAAUUACUUAUGGAUAUAAAGCCAAAAGGUACUUUUGGUAUCCUCAAAGGUAUAUUUGCCUGCAUAAAACUUACACUACACACAGGUCUAACAAAACGCAGUUGGAUGAAGCAAGAAACAAGAUCAAACUUUCUUUCCUCAUUUAGGUUCAAGAGGAACAAUCAACACGGACAAUUUUUGUCAAGAUUUUUUUUAAUAAUAAUGAUAGCUAUACCCAGAUUAUCUUGCCUCAUUCAAUGUUAAAUAAAAAUGUAGAUAUUUUAUUAUACCAAUAACAUAAAUUUAUAUUAAAUAAGUAAUAAAUAAUAAAAUAGAUUACACUCUAACCGCUAACGCAUGUAACGAAAAUACGGAAUGUUUCCAAUAAUAAUUGUUUUUGUCAUUAAACAUUAUACUCGUACUGUGUAAAAUACUCCUGUAACAAUAAUUAAGACUGCACAUAACAUCUGAAAAUCAACUUUGGAAAAUAGAUUUCAUAUCGGAUUUUAGAGAAUAAAAUGCAUGAUGUUAGAGAAGUAAUUUGUAAACAGAUUUAAAAGUCUUAAAUAAACGCUUGAGAUUAAGCUUAAGAUGGACGAAGGAUCCAUCUAUUGUGUACCUGAUCAUUUUCUUAUAUCUCAACUUGAUCUUUUUUGCAUGGUUUUUAAGUAUGAUCAUGGCGAGAGAUAUUUUUUUCCGGUGGAAAAGUUUGGGCCAGUUGGUAUUUGUUGGUCGUACUGGCCAUUUUUACAUGAACCUUUCUGCCCAUUUGACAAUAUAUUGUAUUUACUACAAAUUCUAAGAUAUUAUGAUCUUUCCUGGCAGUCAAUGCCUUUUUCGCCGAUUUCUUCUGGAUUUUAUUUUAUUAUUUUAAGUAUGAUGGAUGAACUCUUUUCUUUCUCUGUACAUAUAACGUAAAAUUUGUAUGUACUUACUAGGUAUAUAAUAUGAACUGUUAGAUUUGAUUAUUAUCAGUAUUUUAUUACGAAGCUAUAACGUUAAUUUGUAGAAUAGAGAUUUUUUAUUGUUUUUCUCUUUAAGAGAAUUUAAUUAUGUUUGGAUGGCUAGUCUUAAGUAAAUUACCUGUGAUUUAAGCAUUAUCGGAAUCUCUUGUGUGACAAGACCUCAAGUUGAAGCUAAGGUGCAUACACACGGAACAAUAAUUAAGACAAGCGACAGAGUAGUUCGUAGCAAGUACUCUCGCUGAUGUAAAACUCUAUGACUUCCAAUGAACAAGUUUUAUAGUUGUAUCUUGAGUGUGUAUGCAUUUUAUGAUUGUUGUGCUCUAAGUUUUUGUACUUCCAAUGUAUUUCUUAAGUUUAUAUUAGGCCUAUCUCGGGCAUAAGUGAGACAAAAACCAGACCUGACUUAAGAGCUAUUUAUACGUAUAGUGUACAAUUAUGAUCGAUUUGAGUAUUUAUGACGUGACUCUAUUGAAAAAAGCAUUUAGUAGCUUCAUGACACGAUAAAUUUAAAUUUUAGAAAGAAAAAUAUUUACCUUCUUGUUUUGCUCCUCCAGUAGAAUGAUUUCUAGUUUUUGUUAUAAUUUGUUCUACACUAUGUUUAAUAUUCAAACAAUAGUAAUAAAAUAAAACAAUCAUAAAACAAUUUGUUACCUAAAUUAAAUUCCGUCCACAGACGUUUUUGGAUCUACAACAAAAUUCCGAGAAUUUCGCAUAUGAGGCUACUAUGUGCAUUUUCCAAUAACUUCAGUUAUGACUUUGUACGUACAUAUUAUGCGGCCUCUCCACGUUGGCUUACGAUGGACCAAUACAAUCGAUUACGAACAAGAGGAUUAUUCGUCUAGUAUUGCCGUUGUCGCCAAUUGUGCAUUUUAUAGACAGCGUUGCAAUCAUGAUUGUUAAACGUAAGCCAACGUGAAGAGUAGCCUUUAUGUAAUCUAUUUAAUUAAACUUAUUAUAGUCAUAAUAUGUUUAUUGACUUAAUACCGCAACGUAGUUGUACUGAUGUAGCGUUCAAUGAAUUUUAUUACUAUUGGAUGUUCCGAAUAAAACAUUAACAACA